AUGCAAGGACUGUGCCAGGGAACCAGGGACUGGUGUGCAGUGACUGAGUGGGGUUGUGCUGAGGGCACUGGAGAGGUAACAGACAGUGGUUGGGAAGAGAGUAGCUCACUAGGGUACAAGGUGUGGGCUAGGACCACUGAGAGGAGUACUAGAUGGGUAGUAGGAGACCUACCACCAGAGUUACUGGUUUUGGGAAGCUUUUUCAAGGCUGGGAAAAGCUUUAAAAACUGGAGGUACAAGGCUGGCAGGGCAGGCCAGACUGGUACAGGGACAGUAAGGAGUGUCAGAGUCAAAAGUAAGGGUAUGAAGGCCAGAACCAGAGCCCAUGAGGAAGCAAGGAGGCCAGUCAAAACUGGCAGGCCAAAGACAACCAGUAAGACCAGAGUUGGGAGAACAGGUGGUGAUGGUUAG